CUCCUGAUUCUCUGUAGAAUGAAGACAAGAGUUUUCUACAUUCUUGCUUUUGUCCUGCUUUCAUAUCCUUUCCUCCAAGUUGCUAGAUGUCAGGCGGAUUCGGAUGAUACUGAAGUAGGCAAAACCACAGUAGAAGAAGGUGAUCUUGGAGUUGUUGGGAAUGUCCAAGAUUUUGGUGAUGGUACUUUAAGUUCUGCUCCAGAAGUGGAUACAAUAUGCAUUUUCCCCAAAAACCCUUCAAAAGCGGUAGUUGCAGGGGAAGAAACUGAACUGUUAGUUGGCAUGAAAAAUGAUGGUGGGUCGAAUGUCAAUAUAAUUGCCAUCAAGGCUAGUAUUUACCUUCCCUAUGAUCACCAGUAUUUGGUUCAGAAUCUCUCCACACAGGCCUUCAACAAUGCAUCAGUUCCUCGAUCGACUCAAGCAACUUUUCCAUAUAUGUUUGCUGUGAGCAAAUUUUUGCAGGCUGGCACGUUUGAUCUUGUUGGAACCAUCAUUUAUGAGGUAGACCAGAAUCCAUAUCAGAGUACAUUUUACAGUGGUAUCAUUGAAGUUACUGAGGCUGGUGGUUUUCUCACUAUUGAGUCUGUAUUGCUGGUUUCCCUUGGAGUUGCACUUCUUGUGCUUUUUGGAUUGUGGAUCCGCAGUCAGAUACAACAUCUCUCAAAGAAAGCCAAAAAGGCAUCCAAAGUGGAAGUUGGAACUAAGACGACAGAUUCAUCCAUGGAUGAAUGGCUUCAGGGAACGGCAUAUUCUCAAUCAUUGUCCAACAAAUCUAAAAAGAAGAUGUAAAUGUGGUGCUCUAGGCUGGCACAACAUCGAAUGUAAUCCUUCCGUGUAGCAACAUAGUCAGAUAUGAAAGCCCACAAUCUGAAAAUUUUUAUGGAAAGAGUAAAAACUAGGGGAAAAAGUUACUUAUUGUAGUAAGACCAGGAAGAUAUACAUUUGAUUUUAUAUUAAUCUAAUGAUUCAGUUUGAAUUUAUAAAAGUGCUAAGUUGGAUGUAUUUGACACAAUUUUGUUAAAAGGCCUAAAAUUUCCUGAU